AGCCAAUCAGAUGGCGAGUAAGCCUUGCCCAUGCUCCAUUUCGGAUGUGAAUCACUUCUAAAGGAUCUGAACUUGAACUCCAUCCUUCUCUGUGCCUAGCCUCCUGCCCGCAUAAAGACGCUCAUCUCCACUCUUUCACAAAGCAGACUUUAACGAGAUCCAUCACCAUGUCCAUCCUGAAGAUCCACGCUCGUGAGAUUUUCGACUCCCGUGGGAACCCCACCGUGGAGGUCGACCUCUACACCAAAAAAGGUCUGUUCAGAGCGGCCGUGCCCAGCGGCGCCUCCACUGGCAUCUAUGAGGCCCUGGAGCUCCGUGAUAACGACAAGACCCGCUACAUGGGAAAAGGCGUGAAAACAGCCGUUAAAUAUAUUAAUGAGUUCUUGGCACCAGCUUUGUCUAAACAGAACGUGUCCGUCUUGGAGCAGGAGAAGGUGGACAAGCUGAUGCUGGACAUGGACGGCACAGAGAACAAGUCCAAAUUCGGUGCUAACGCCAUCCUGGGCGUGUCCCUGGCGGUGUGCAAGGCCGGCGCAGCAGAGAAAGGCGUCCCCCUGUACCGCCACAUCGCUGACCUGGCCGGGAACGCCGAAGUCAUCCUCCCAGUGCCUGCCUUCAACGUGAUAAACGGAGGCUCCCAUGCCGGGAACAAGCUGGCCAUGCAGGAGUUCAUGAUCCUCCCCGUGGGAGCCAGCAGCUUCAAGGACGCCAUGCGCAUCGGCGCCGAGGUCUACCACAACCUGAAGAACGUCAUCAAGGAGAAGUACGGCAAGGACGCCACCAACGUGGGCGAUGAGGGCGGCUUCGCCCCCAACAUCCUGGAGAACAAGGAGGCUCUGGAGCUGUUGAAGAACGCCAUCGCCAAGGCCGGCUACUCAGAUAAGAUCGUCAUUGGCAUGGACGUGGCUGCCUCCGAGUUCUACAAGGACGGGAAAUACGACCUGGACUUCAAAUCCCCCGACAACCCCAGCCGCUACAUCAGCCCUGAUCAGCUGGCCGACCUCUACAAGAGCUUUGUCAAGGACUACCCAGUGGUCUCCAUCGAGGACCCAUUCGACCAGGACGACUGGCCCGCCUGGUCAAAGUUCACCGCCAGCACCAGCAUCCAGGUGGUGGGAGAUGACCUGACGGUGACCAACCCCAAGCGCAUCGCCAAGGCGGUGUCGGACAAGGCCUGCAACUGCCUGCUGCUGAAGGUCAACCAGAUCGGCUCGGUCACGGAGUCCCUGCAGGCCUGUAAGAUGGCGCAGUCCAGCGGCUGGGGAGUGAUGGUCAGUCACCGCUCAGGGGAGACUGAGGACACCUUCAUCGCUGACCUGGUGGUGGGGCUCUGCACUGGCCAGAUUAAGACUGGAGCACCUUGUCGAUCAGAGCGUCUGGCCAAGUAUAAUCAACUUCUCAGGAUUGAAGAGGAGCUGGGAGACAAGGCUCGCUUCGCUGGCAGAAACUUCCGGAACCCUAUGAAGUGAAGUUGCCCUCUCCCCCCGGGCGCUAAAGCCCCCCACACAAGCCGCACUCAGUCGCUUGUUCUAGACAGAAGGCAGUUGGAAUGGCAUUGAACGUACCCAAAUCUAGGCUAUUGCUAAGAAUAUUCCACCUUUGUGUAACCUUCUGCCCCCCCCCCGAGGCUUUGGCUUGUCAAUAACACUAGUCCUUUAAACUGUGUUUUUGUAUUGUGUGCAAGGUCCUAGUUUGUUUGAUCCUUGUCGUACUUGAGACGUAGUGAUUUGUGUUUUGUGUCAGUCAGUUUUUAGUCGAGACUUAAGUCAGCUAUAGCACUGAGAAUAUACGCAAUGUGUCGCCUUUCUGAAGUCACACCAUUGCUUGUAUGUGUGGCAUAACCAUGAAAUAAACAGUCGUCCAUAAAAUCGAA